CGCGAAUGAUUUUUACAGUACAUUUUUCCGACCAUGGUUAAGUUUGGACACAUUUUGGUUGUAACAAUAGUAGCUCUGGUCGGGGCAAGCGUUGCUGAGAAACAUGUCCGGUUGAUCCCUGACUCUUACGAAACGUGGAGUGACAAUGUCUACCUCAAUUUCACAUACGCAAUGGAUACGUCAGCCCCGCACAUUAAUAUAACGCACAAGGUCAUGAAGACUAUUCCUGAAAUUGAGGCCCAUAUAGAGUCGGAAAUUCAUGGGAAGAAUAAUCCUGACCAUUUCUUCAGAUCGAAUGCGACUUUCAGUGUUUGCGACAUCCUCAGUUUAAAGGCGGCUAGUCCAGUGACAGCUUUCAUAUUUGCAACUGUUAAAAGACAUGGCUCACUUCCGGAAAAAUGUCCAAUUGAACCGGGAACUUACGGCAUAUCAAAAUUUUGGUACCCAGAGGAGAAUAUACCUACAAAUGUUCCAGAAAUAGAGGCCGAGUUCAAGGUGCAACUAUUUGCAAUCGAUAAUGGCCAACGUCACAUAAUUUUGAACAACAGAUUAAAAGGACAUUCUGCGGUAGUUGAAGGCUCGGGUAAAUCACUUUUUGCAAAAAUGUUCAGAGGAUAAUGACUAAUAACUAGUGAAAUUGUAGCAUAAGAGUUAGAUCCUUCAUGAGCAAGGAUCCUUCUCUCAUCUGGAUGACUUACUGUUUGUAUUAAGUAAACAGAUUUAUUAUGGUUGUGGUGGUUUGAUGAAUAUACAUAGUGACGAACAUUACAA